CCGGCGCUCCGUACGGUGGCGCGCGUUGAGGCCGUGCCGCCAUCUUGGUCCGGCGGCUGCGGCGGGAGAGGAGGCGGCGGGGCCUACCGCAGCCCCGCCAUGUCCUCCUUCUCGGAGUCGGCGCUGGAGAAGAAGCUGUCCGAGCUGAGCAACUCGCAGCAGAGCGUGCAGACGCUGUCGCUGUGGCUCAUCCACCACCGCAAGCACGCGGGGCCCAUCGUGUCCGUCUGGCACCGCGAACUCCGCAAAGCAAAAUCAAGUAGGAAGCUGACUUUCCUGUACUUAGCAAACGAUGUCAUCCAGAACAGUAAAAGGAAAGGUCCGGAGUUCACCAGGGAAUUCGAAUCUGUUCUUGUGGAUGCUUUUUCUCACGUUGCCAGAGAAGCAGAUGAGGGCUGCAAAAAGCCUUUGGAACGAUUGCUUAACAUCUGGCAAGAAAGGAGCGUUUAUGGCAGUGAGUUCAUACAGCAGCUCAAACUCUCAAUGGAGGACUCCAGUAGCCCCCAGACAAAAGUUGCAGAGGAGAAGAAGUCUUUGAAGCGGACUUUUCAGCAAAUACAAGAGGAGGAAGAUGAUGAUUACCCUGGGAGCUACUCGCCCCAAGACCCAAGUGCUGGGCCACUGCUGACCGAGGAUUUGAUCAAAGCCCUGCAAGACCUGGAAAACGCAGCAUCAGGAGAUGCCACAGUGCGGCAAAAAAUUGCCUCCCUGCCUCAGGAGGUGCAAGAUGUUUCAUUACUGGAGAAGAUUACAGACAAAGAAGCAGCCGAGCGUCUUUCGAAGACAGUGGACGAAGCGUGCCUGCUACUGGCUGAGUACAACGGACGCCUGGCAGCAGAGCUGGAGGACCGGCGCCAGCUGGCACGUAUGCUGAUCGAAUACACCCAGAACCAGAAGGAUGUCUUGAUGGAGAAAGAGAAGAAGCUAGAAGAAUAUAAACAGAAGCUUGCUCGGGUAACCCAGGUCCGCAAGGAGCUGAAAUCCCACAUCCAGAGCCUUCCAGACCUGUCACUGCUGCCCAAUGUCACGGGAGGUCUGGCACCUUUACCGUCUGCUGGGGACCUGUUUUCCACAGACUAGAACCAGCGGGGUCCCCUGGUUCCGUUAGUACCAGCAGGAGUAAGAAGACUCUGGUGUGACUGGAAACCCAGUCUUCCGAGAUCUACCGUAGGAAGGAGCGUGCAGACCCUGCUUUCGACCUCUUGGCUGCUCGUGCUCACCUUCUCCCUAUGUACUCUGACUUGCGCUGAGGGGAGAAAGAGGAGCAAGUGUUUGUGAGCUCUGAAGGGAGCUGGGAUCAUUCGUAUAGGCAAACUUCUCUCAUGUUUUUCCAUACUCUUUAGUUGCUCUUCGCUCUUAGCACUUGUUACCCCACAACAGUCACGAAUCAUGUACAUACUUCCCUGCAAUGUCUUCAAAGGAAGGUUGGCUAUGGAACGCUUUCCCUCUGUAAAAUAUCGUGUUGUUUCUGAAUGAGCCUUGGUGUUUGGUUGGGCUCCUGAGCCUCCUCUCCGAGAGCAGGGGAGCGACUGGUGGGCGGCGUGGGGCUGUGUGUGCACGUGCAGAUCCUGGACCACGUCAGCCUGUGAAGAAGGCGUCUGCUGAUCACUGGUACAGAGAAAUACUCCUCUUUAGCACGUGUAUCAAUUGGACUCGCCACAGGCAGUAAAAAAUAAGCAGCUUUGCUUUGUGAAUUUGAGAUCACUUCCUAAUUCACACUCUGGUGAGCAAUACAGAGCUGAUUGUUACCGAAGGAAGGGUGGAAGUACGCUUUGUUUGAGCUACCUUAGAUUUGUACCACAUUUUUUCCUCUCCAUUACACGAAAUGAGGUGGUCACGGCAGCUUUGGUUUAACAACCGAGGCGUUGGAAUGGUGCGUUGCAGCUGGAGAUACCCAGGGACAGGUCUGUCUGAUCUGCUCUGAGGGUGGUUAUGUUGAAAAUACCGUUUCGUGAAUUCUCUCUUAGAUUUAGUGAAGUUAUUGAUGAGCGGGAGUUAAAUGUGGUAUAAAUAUUUAUUUAUAUAGAAAACAGACCAUCUGUAUGCACAAGUCCUGUCUGCACACGUCCUGUGUCCACACAUGUAGAUAUUAGAAGGAUGUACUUAAUUUGGUGUCAUGGAUUAUUGUGAGUUGAUUUUUAUAAUUGGGAAAAGGGGGGAAAAAAGAAAAGAAGGCAAAUUUAAGAUACUCUUAACUCCAUAAUGUUGCUGGCUAAGGUUUUAGCUGCCACGGGUGUAGUUACAUGCAGUUUGUGUAUUAGGUGUAACAAGCUGGAAUCUACUGAAAACCAUUCCGAUUUGGAUAACAAUUCUGUUUAAAUUUAGCACCUCUCCCUGUAAAACGCUUCUGAUGAUGCAAGUCUGCAAGAGAGGCUGAAAUGAGUGCUGGAUUGCAUUUGUGCCUCCCCGUAGGCUUAAGCUGCUGGUGUCAAAGGCGUGAGAGGAAACCUACAGAAAUGCAAAGCUCGUUCUGCGUCCUCAUUAAUUUAUUUCCAGGGUAUUCAGAGCCUGUUCAGUUAGAGCUGAUACUACAGCAUCUUUGGGUCAUUAACUUGAGAAGCUCACAUCCUUUCCUUACUGACAGUUCAUGCUGUCCUGCUGUGGGAGCUCCCUGCGCCUGCCCUGCCGAGCCAAGAGCCCUGCUUUUCUGUUUAGUCCACGGGGAAUCCUGCGGGGCCAGAGCUGUUCUUCCCGUUAUUGGCUGGGCUGCACAGCCCGUACAGUCUGGGUGCUCCUGAGAUAACACACAGGGCACGUUCUCUGUUUUGCCAAAAAUGAAACCCAGAGCCACCCUAGUGACCCUUGAGUGCCCAGAGCAGCAGGCCUGGUCCUGGCAUGUCCCACCUGAUGGAGAUCCUGACCACUGCUUGACCUGUUACCAGACAAAAGCAGCUCUGCAGGCAGAUGUGUGGUCACCUCACGCUGUAGGGGCGGGCCUGGGAGGGAGUCAUAUGGCUUUGAUUUUGUUUUUAAUUGAAAUGUUUUGAUUUUUUUUUCCCCCCCAAAUACAUGUGUGUGGUUUAUUUUGCUUAAUUUAAACAAAGUCUUGUGGUUUUUAAUUUUAUUUGUUUUCCUUUUUGGGCAAAGGGCAUCUGUUGAGUGGGUGACAUUCUCUCCAGGUUGAACAGCUUUCCCCAAGUGUGUCUUUUUUAACAAAAGCUUCAAUCUGUAAAUGAAUUGAUUUAGGAGUUAAUUCAGACGCAUAGGCUGCCAUUUGCGGCUGCAGUAUAUUCUGAAAUGUCUCAUAGAUCUCUAUUUUUGAAUAAAGAGGGUGUCGUUGACUUA